AUGACGACGUUCACCAACGCUUCGCUCUAUACUCUCGAUCCUACGUCUUCAAGUCCGACUGCCGAUCUCGUUGCAUCAUUCGCACCAUCGACCGCGUUAACGGGCGUUACAAGUGUGGGCAAUGACAAGUUCGCAGUGAUCGGAGGCGUCCGGGGGAGCUACAUUGCCGGGUCCGAGCCCGCACUCGAGGUUGUCGCCACCCUGCCUGAUGCGGUGAUGCUAAACGGCAUGGACUCCCUGCCCCAGAAUCCGGCUGUUGUGUUGAUAGCGGAUUCGAGGGUCGGCACUGUGUGGCGGGUCAACACGACGGAUGGAGACGUCGCCAUCGCGUACCAGGGAGACCUGCUUCUCCCGCCCGAGAAUGCGACUGUCCCCAUCGGUAUCAAUGGCUUGAAAGUCUCGAAUGGCUACGUAUAUUUCACCAACACUGCAAAGAACCUCUUCGCCCGUGUUGCUGUCACUAAUGAUGGCGUCAUGCACGGCGAAGUGGACACGGUCGCGAUCCUGUUCCCAGGGGAGGAGGAGUACGAUUGGGAUGACUUUGUCAUGGACGCGUCUGGCGAAAUUGCAUACAUGGCACAGAUUCCGAAUGCCGUUGGGAGAGUCACCAUCGGCACAGGAGAAAUGGAUGUUGUCGUUUGGGUUGGAAACGAUACUGUAUCCUUGAUUGGGCCUACCAGUGUGACAUUGGCGGAAGACGGUGUCACGGCCUACGUGAGCACGAGAGGCAACCUGAAUCGCUGGAGUAACUAA